GCGCCCGAGUCGCGCGUCCGCGACGCGACGGUCCAGACCAAGUACCGCGAGUCCGAGGCGCAGACGGACCCCUACUCGCCCGAGUACGUCAUCCCGCCGGGCGAGUCGCCCCAGAUCCUGAUGCUGAAGGGCCUGAGCCACGAGCGGGGGCUGCCCGCGGGCGAGCAGGAGGUGCUGAUGAUCGAGCACGCGCAGAAAAAGCACAAAUUGGAAGCGUCGCUGCCCCCGGCGACGGACGAGGCGAGUUUGGGGUUGCGGCGCAAGCUCCUGGAGCUCCAGGAGAUGCGCGAGUUCCGGCUGCGGCAGCGGGAGAUGGACGAGGCCCACGAGGAGCGGCUGGAUCUGUUGCGCCAGGCGCUGGUCGACCGCGACCAGGACAACGAAUUUUUGGCGGAGCAGCGCGUCGAGGCGCUGCGCCAGCGGCAGAUCGAGGAGCGGGACCGGUCCGUGGAGCAGAUCCAGAGCCAGCGCAUCAAGGUGCUGCGGAAGCUGUCGAUGGCGCGCGGCCGGCUCCAGAUGCCCGCGUCGGAGCCGCCGGGCUCCAAGCGCCGGUCCGGGAACCGCGACAUCAUCUCGGAGUACGGCACCUACAGCUCGCGCGUCUACGCGCCCAUCGCGCGCCUCGGCCAGCGGCCCGACAAGGACGGCGAGGUCUUCGACGUCACGCGGCGCGUGCCCGACCUCGGCAACCACGGCGUGCUCGCGUCCUUGGAAUACAACCUGCCGGGCCACCUCACGGCCACCAAGGUCACGAAGCCGGAGAACGAGAACGAGGCGACGGCGCGCACGUCCAAGGACCGCCACAAGCAGCAGCUCGCGGCGGACCUGCUGAAGAUGAACACGAUCCUGGCGACGAAGAAGGAGAUCGCCGAGGACCCCGAGAAGGCGAAGAAGGACUUGCUACCGUCCUGGCGCACGCGCGUGUCCAAGGCCGAGCGGCCGCCGACGCCGCGCGUCGAGCCGCGCGACGAGGACGCGGAGGUCUUCGACAUGGCCGUCAAGCUCUUCCAGCGCCUGAUCCGCGGCCGCGCGGUGCAGAACCAGAUGUACGAGGGCAAGGAGCGGCGCCUCGAGCUCAUCCGCGAGCUGCGGGCCGCGGACGAGGCCAGGGCCGCGGAG